UUCGGGUGUCGUUUGUGAAGGGGUGGAGCCGUCGGGAGGAGGGUCGGCAGUAAAGACAGGUCUCCCCACACUGCUCCGGGGCAACAUUUGCAGCGCGCCCUUCUGUCAAGAACCUGCUCCGACGUCAGGCCGAGGCCAACCGUGUGCUGCUGAAAUGGGCUCUGAGCUGGAGACCGCCAUGGAGACCCUCAUCAAUGUGUUCCAUGCCCACUCGGGCAAGGAAGGGGACAAAUAUAAGCUGAGCAAGAAGGAGCUGAAAGACCUGCUACAAACUGAACUCUCCAGCUUCCUGGAUGUCCAGAAGGAUGCAGAUGCUGUGGACAAGAUCAUGAAGGAACUGGAUGAGAAUGGAGAUGGGGAAGUGGACUUCCAGGAGUUUGUUGUGCUGGUGGCUGCUCUCACAGUGGCUUGUAACAACUUCUUCUGGGAGAACAGUUGAGCACAGUCUCAGUAGGCAGCGCCCUCCCUCUUUGCUCCUCAUCCCACCUGUAUCUCCCUAUGUACCCAUCCUUGCCCAGGCUCAACAUGCACCAAAGGCGCAACAGUAGCAGUCCAGAUCUGCCACUAGUUUUAAUAAAGCUUCUCUCUCACGAACUGUCAA